AUGUAUUUGGAUCCAGUUAUAAUUCCUAAAGAAGACUUCUUUGAAGUAAUAGUUAUCGGUGCAGGGACUUGUGGCCUUGCAAUCACAAGUCGCCUAUGUGAAGAAUGCCCUGGUUCAGUCUAUAGUGAAGAUGAACAUCAACGAUUCUAUUGGUUGAGGAAACGUCAAGGAAGGGUUAAUUUUGUUUCUAAACAUGGUAAACCCAAUACAUUGCUUCACAGAAACAAAAAAUUCAAACCUGAAGAAAUACUAGUAUUAGAUGCCAUGAGUGAUAGAUUUUUAGGGCAAUGGGAUUCUCAAUUUGCUGCUUGUCAAAUACCGUUCUUGAGAUCUCCCAUGUUCUUUCAUUGUGAUCCUGUUAAUAUUGAUGGAAUGGUUUCAUUUGCACAUAUGGAAAACAGACAGAAGGAUCUUAUGGAAAUUACAAAUGUUGUAGGCAAAGAGGUCUCGAAGCAUAAACAGAAACGAAUCCAACAAAAGAGGACCCAGAAGACGAUUCCAUUACCUGGUGCUACUGAUACUGGAAUACAAGAUAAGCCUGGAAUUGUUGAUAUAAAUAUGCGAGAUUGGAAAGAUUAUUAUCGUCCUUCAACUCCGUUCUUUAGUGACUAUUGUAAAGAUAUUAUCAAACGCUAUAAUUUACAACUGAGAGUCAAAAAAGAUGAGGUUAUUUCAAUCGAAUACAAGUAUAUUUCGGUGGCAGGUACAGAUGAACAAGGAGAAGGUAUGGUAAUCCGCACAGCCAGCGGUAAAGUCUUUGGUUGUAAGAUAGGUAUUGUCACUAGUGGCCAUCGUGGGAGUAUAAACUAUCCAAUUACCCCGUUCACGGAGACCCACUUCCCAUAUGCUAGUUGCCACACUACUCAUUUGUUUACUAAACAGGUUAAUUUCCUUGAUGAAAGAUUCUUCAAUAAGACAAAUCUGCCUUGCAGUAUUGUAAUAGUUGGAGGUGGCUUAACGUCAGCACAGUUAGCUCAUGUCGCGGCUCAAGACCCAAGAAUCGACAAGGUUUAUUUAUUAUUCAGAGGUCCAGUUAAGAUAAAGCACUUUGAUUUCCAUUUGGACUGGGUUACAAAGUAUAAGAACGUCAAGAAAUCUGCGUUUUAUAUUUUGGAUACUGACGAAGAGAGAGCUCGGAUGAUUAAGGAUGCUAGAGAAGGUGGUUCAAUCAAUCCUGAAUAUUACAAGAAGUUGAACGCUCAUGUGAAAAGUGGUAAAGUUGAUUGGAUGAAGCAUACCGAAAUAGUAUCCCAAAACUGGGACCAAAAAUCGGAGAGAUGGGAUUUGAGUGUUGAGACCAAGACCAUGGGUAAAGAUCACAAAGAACUUGUUGUAGAAAAGAAGUUGUCCAAUAUACGUUAUAUCUAUUUCGCCACUGGUAUUAGAGCAGAUAUUCAAUCCCUUGAAUUUCUUCAACCGAUGAUGAAAGAAAAUCCCAUCGAAGUUGUGGAUGGAUUCCCAUGUCUUACGGAUAAUCUACAAUGGAACGAAAUUGUUCCCUUAUUUAUGCUGGGAAAGAAUGCAUCUCUUCGAAUUGGUCCAACAUCAGCCAAUUUAGAUGGUGCAAGAAGUGGAGCAGAGAGAAUUGGCUGGUAUAUUCAAGACCUUAAAGCUAAAGGUAAACUAGACUGGCUGUGUUGUAAAAUGAAUGGAUGUUGUUCGAGUGAAAGCAAUAUUCUUUCUUUGGAAGACAAAAUCGAUUUGGACUGUCAGGAAGAAAGUGACGAUGGGCUGUCUUAUCAAACUCACUUGAAGCUUGCCAGUGGACAGAUGAACUGGUUUACUUUACUUGAUUCAACCUAG